GGACAGCGCGCACACACCGACAGCAGCAGCGGGAAGCACAUGUGGGACACGUUUACGGCAGGUGCUGAAGAAGCCUCUCUCUCCAGUCAUCCCCUUUGAGCCUGUUGCUGAUCAGAAGUCUUCAAGAGAAGGCGGUCACCAUGGCACCCCAGUGCAUUCAGACUGCAACAUCUCCCCCCUCCAGUAGUGGGUGUUGGCUUUGAGACUAUCACUACCAAACCAUGUAGUGAGCCUUUCUCCGUUGUGGGGGGAGGGCCUGUGGUAUUUUUUGUUGUUGUUUGUGUUCCUAUAGAGCAGGUUUUAUAUUGUUAAGAGUGUGUUUGGGAGUUGGAGAUGGUUCUGUACAGCACUCCGUACCCCAGUGCGUGCCUGCACUUCCUGGAUGGCCUGUCAUGGAGCUUGGUCUUCCCAUGUUAUUGGCUGUUGGACCGACUGUUGGCAUCAUGCGUGGCCACAUCUCUGGAGAAGCGUCAGCGCUCCAGAGACCCCUGCUCCUUCCUCAGCCUGUGUGUACUGGUGUGGGCCCCUCUGUACCUGCUGUUGUUGCUGCUCUCUCUGCCCCUGGCUCUGGUGGGCUUCAUCCUGUGGGCGCCUCUGCAGGCUGUGCGCCAGCCUUAUCUCUACACCUACAUCAAAUUAGACAGGAGCUUGGCAGAGCAGGGCCAGGCAGGAUCAGGAGGGCUCUCUGAGUGGAGACCCCAGGGCCGGAGCUUCUGUUUCUGUAGUGCUAAUGUGUGCCUGCUGCCGGACUCUCUGGCUCGCUUCAAUAACCUGUCAGACACCCAUAGGAGAGCCCGAGAGGUGGGCAAGAGGAUCCGCAAUGGGGCCAAUAGACCCCAGAUCAAAAUCUACAUCGACUCCCCCACCAACACCUCCAUCAGUGCUGCCUCUUUUAGCAGUCUGGCCACUGGUUUCCGCCGCACCUCAUCUCUGGACCAGCGCCCAGAGCAGAGCCAUAGCACCAGCGGACCUGCUGACAGUGAGACUGAGCCCCUCACCGGGUGCCCUCUUCACUCCUCUGCUGCUUCUGACUGUCCUGCUCACCCCACUGUGGAGCAGGGCUCUUCUCCAUGUCCCUUGCACCAGGACGGGGUUGAGUCUACCCCAGUAUGUCCCCUGCACUCCUCCUCUGACUGUCCUGUCCACAACGGGGGCUCAGCUCCAGACUGCCCACUGCAUCAGUCUUCAGGGGGGCAGAACAAUAGCCCAGAACACCAUACCUGCCCCAUGCAUCCCUCUAAAGGGGGUGAUCAUAACUGCCCCAUGCACUCUUCUGCAGGUGUGGAACACACUUGCCCCAUCCAUUCUGCUUCGGGGGCAGAUCCUAACUGCUCCAUGCAUUCUCCUGGUGGUGGUGAUCAUAAGUGUCCCAUGCAUUCACCUGCUGGGGGAGAUCAUAACUGCUCCAUGCAUUCCCCAGCUGGGGGUGAUCAUAAUUGCCCCAUGCAUUCACCUGCUGGGGGGGAUCAUAACUGCCCCAUGCAUUCCCCUGCUGGGGGGGAUCAUAAGUGCCCCAUGCAGUCACCUGCUGGAGGUGAUCACAACUGUCCCAUGCAUGGAGAGGGCACACCAUCCAAGUCGUGUCCCCUGCACAGCUCUGGUGUGCAGAUAAGCAUCAGUGCUCCAGAGCCCCAGGAGGAGGACCAGCCCGACCCACCUGUAGAUACAGCCUCCAUGACAGCUUCCCGGGAGUCCCUCACUCGCUACCAUGGUGACGGGGGUGGUGGGAUGUAUUCAAACAACACACUGUCUCAUGUCCCACGAACAUCCAUCUUCAAACGAGCAGCUCGAAAACGACGACAUGGAGAUGAGACAUUUGACCAUGAAAUCUCAGCCUUCUUCCCUGCCAAUCUGGACUUCCUGGCACUGCAGGAAGUCUUCGACCAUGGGGCCACCACAAGGCUGCGUCACCAACUGCACAGAUACUUCCCCUACGUCCUGAGCGAUGUGGGACAGUAUGGCUGGAAGAGCUGCUGCUCCAGGUUCAAGUUCCUCAACAGUGGGCUGAUGCUGGCCAGCCGAUACCCCAUCCUGGACGCCCGCUACGAGUGCUACCCCAAUGGCAGGGGCGAGGAUGCACUGGCUGCUAAGGGAGCUCUGUUUGCAAAGGUCCAUGUGGGCACCUCUCAUCAGGAGCAAAGGAUUGUGGGAUACCUCACCUGCACACAUCUCCACGCCAUAGAAGGUGAUGCGGCAGUGAGGUGCGAGCAGCUGGACCUGUUGCUGCAGUGGGGGGCGGAGUUUCGGCAGGCCUCCUCUCAGCCUUCUGAAGGAGAGAAAGUCCUGGAAGAUCUUGUGGCCUUUGACGUCGUCCUGGGAGACCUUAACUUUGAUAACUGCUCUUCAGAGGACAAGCUGGAGCAGCAGCAUGCACUUUUUACUCAGUACAAGGACCCCUGCCGCCUGGGGCCCGGUGAGGACAAACCAUGGGCUCUGGGGACUCUACUGGAUCCAAGUGGCCUUUAUGAUGAUGAAGUCAGCUCACCUGAAAGUUUACAAAAAGUGAUGGAGAAUGAGGAGGGCCGAAAGGAGUACCUGGUGUUCCCCCCCAGUAAGAGCCAGUGCCCCCGGAGCAGUCAGAAGGGCAGAAAGAUCCCCCUAAAGGGCAAUGGCCGCCGCAUUGACUACAUCCUCUACAGUGAUGAAGGCCUGCAGCCGGACUGGAAACUGGACCUGGAGGAGUUCAGCUUUGUGACUCAGCUGGCAGGCCUCACAGACCACUUGUCUGUGGCUAUGAGACUGGCUGUGUCCACUGGAGAGGACGAGCCUUAGACCAGAGCAUACUGCCAUAUACAGAGUAUACUACAUGUUUACAGGCUGCCUACAUGUGGGGGACACUGGCCCUCCACUAAGGAGUCACCAGGAAGAAACAGCAUCAGCCACCAAAGGCUGGAGCAGGAAGUGACAAAAGAAGUUGGACCUCCUGAAGAAGUGAAGCAUAAGAACACCAUCACCCACCUGGAGUAAUCUGGAGGAUAUUUUCCAAUUCAUAUGGAACUGAUACCAGACAGUCUUAUUUCAAUUCAUGUUCAUGUAGCCAAGUCAUGCACCAUUCUCGCUCCACAGGUUAUUU